UGCAUUCUCAAGCACUACCGGCGGAGACAGUGCGAGAAGCGGCACAGCACCACCAAUUCCUCUGCUUUUAAACAAUCCGUAGCGUGCAUAAUAACGGGUAAGCCCGAGGGCUGCAGGAAAUCUACGCGGGAUAUACCAUGCGUUGCUCGACAACGGUUUGACGUUCCUGCUGCGCCCCUAUGCCAGGUCAGCCUGCCUCGAAAGCCCCACCGAAACAGGCUUAGGUCAUACCUAUGAUAGGUCUGAAGGACUCCGAAAAGAGCUUGGCGCCUUACGCCCGUUACUGUGCCUCGCAGAAGCUUCGGGUGUUUAAGUAGGACCUGCGUCGUUUCGAUUCCCCCUCACAUUUGUUGUUCGGUUUUCAAAUACUGGUGGUCGUCCUGCACGUUCCGGUGAAGGAACAGUCAAACAUCAACUAUGACAGCCACGAGCGCCAGCCACCAUCACGAUGAUGGGAGGAGCGUCGCCGGAGAGACGGAAACCUCGUCCAUCGUCCAUGUCGAAAUAAUGAGCAACGCCGACCUCUACACCAUGACUCCACCCGCAUACACAGCGUCCGCCGCGGAUGGCGAAGAAUCCAUCGAUGCAGAAGCAUAUCAACCAGAGAAAUCCAGGAGACCAAGCACCCCACAUACGAAGGAAACCAACCCAAAUCCAUACGCCAUGGCCAGAUCGCCGUCACAGACAUCUUCAUUCACGCAAGCUGGACCGAGCAACUCUUCACCAUACCCGAAUGAACUGCCACCCGACUACUUCACCGAAUUGACGGAUAAUGCCGCAGCAGCGCACACCAAGCGAUGUUCCAUUAUCCCAGAACGGCCGGCAACCUGGCUCGUAAAGCGGAACAAGAUGGCUCUAUGCCCGCUCGUCGCAACGGUGCUCAUCAAGGAGGGACUGCUACGUUCUAAAGAGCUCGAACUUGUCUCGCGCUCAUCUGGUGUAAAGCGCGACCCGACAGAUCCGCUAUCUGCCGUUGCUUUCGGCGUGUACGACACAGUUGGCGAUAUCCUCUUAGGGCUGGUAGAAGGCCCUGUCGAGCUAGGCCGCCAAGUAGCCCCUAUGAUGCACAAGUAUGAGGCGAAGCAGCAUGGCGAGCAAAAGGACGAGCCGAAGCAAUCCGGGGAUCUCGCACCGCACGUGCGCCAUUCUGUCCGUCAGGAGUCGGCUCCACUCAGGCCAGGCACUCCGCGUAGCGUCUGCUCAACCGUACAGGAAGGCGGCGAUGGUGAGGCACAGAUGCACCUCCGACCGGGCUCCUCACACGGGUUCGAGCAGGCGAAAUGCUACUCGGACGUUGAACAAAAGAAGGAGACGUCUCUCUCACAGGCUGGGAAGCAAGUCGCCAUAGGCACUAGCAAGGGGUUUGGACGAAUUGUGGGGGCGGGAGUUAAGGCGCCGAUGACAUUCACACACGGCCUGACGAGGGGCUUCCACAACGCGCCCAAGCUGUACGGCGAGGAAGUCCGUGAGUACGAGAACGUGACAGACCUAAAGAGCGGCCUGCUUGUGAGCGGGAAGGGCUUCGCCCACGGCCUCAGCGACGGCUUGAAAGACUUCUUCGUCAAGCCUGUCCAGGGCGCGCAAAAAGAAGGCGUCAUUGGCUUCGGCAAAGGCUUCGGGAAGGGCAUCGGCAACCUGGUCUUCAAGCCCACUGCAGGCGCCAUUGGACUUGUAGGAUACUCUUCCGUUGGGGUGUACAAGCAGAUUCAGAGCAUCAACUUCGGGCGGAAGGAUGCGGCGGUGGAAGUGGUGAUGAAGUUGGGAGAGGCAGAGUUUGAGCAGGCGAGUGAUAUGGUGAAGCUGGAGGUCGUGAAGCAGUGGUGUGUAGUUAUGAUGAGGGCGAAGUGAGGGAAUAGCGAGGGACCGAAGAGGAAAUUCGGAAAGAUACCUAUGAAUUACUGAGCUACAGGCUAGAUGAGAAAUGAUCGGACCAAGGAUCGGAAUACACCAGCACGACAUGAAUUAGAUACCAUUAAGAUCUAAGACGCAAUCGCGCUCUCAAUGUAUUUAAGCUUCUCUCGUAACGCAUAAGCAUACUUGGGUAGACAGAGCAGAAAGAGAGC